AUGUCACAAAAUAAUGCUCAUCUAAAUGAAAUAUGGACCAAGUUAGAGAAAGCUAUAGUGCAAAUGUUUGAACUUUCAUUUAUGACAAUAAAGGGUUACAUGGAUCUUUAUAAUGCUAUUGGUAAAUAUGUCGCGAGCUCUGAAUACAACGAGAUGAUAUUAAAAGCAUCACCAAGCGAAUUACAAAAAAAAGCAGAAGUAGCUAAAAAUGAAAAUGAAGUUGACGACGACGAUCAAAUUAAUACAAAUCAUCCAAGUGCUCAAAUUUAUUUUAAAUUAAAGAAAACAUUAAAAGAAAAUCUUGAUAAUAUAGUCAAGGGUGGAAGCCAUUUUACAGGUGAAGAUUUUCUUCGAUUUUAUUGCAAAGCUUGGGAAAUCUAUCAAUUUACAAGUCGAAUUGUAAACAGUUUAUUGAAAUUUAUCAAUGACAAUUGGAUUCGUCAGCAAGGUGAAGCUGGUGUGAAACGUGUUUAUAAUAUUUAUAUUAUGGCAUUGAAAGUUUGGCAAGAUAUGUUUUUUAAACAAGCUAACCAUUCACUGACACGAACUUGUCUUAAUUUAAUCAAAGAUGAACGCGAUGGAAAAAACAUUAAUUAUUCUUUAAUUCAUGAAGCUAUUCAAAGCUAUGGUAUGUAG